GCAGCCGGGAGUCACUCCCCGGCCGUGAUGCCUGGCAAGGGGGCGGCGCGCCCCACGGCGGCGAGCCUUUACCUGCGGGUCACGUGGGCGCUUUCCGGUUAGGGGACGGGCUUUGGCUUGUCAGAGUUGGCUGAAAGGAAGAAGGGAGGGCGGGAAAGAAAGUCCAAGGUGUUUCUCUCUCUUUCAGGCCACCGACCUUUUUUUUCCUCUUCCCGCAGAAGCGUGGCCAAAGGAGCCCUUCCCUUCCCUUCCCCUCUCCCACCCCUGUGGAGCCGACUUUGGCUGAGGCGCCAGGCACCUCGCGUGUGUGUGUGUGGAAAGAAAAAGAAGGGGGAAAGAGAGAGAGGUGUGUGUGUGUGUGUGCGUGCGGAGGGGGACUUGAGGAACUUGUUUGUCAACUCCCCGGCAGACUCUUUGUGAGCCGUCUUGUUUCAAGCGGGGUGGGGGGCGCGGAGAGGAGAAGGGAGAGAAGCAUGAAAGCAAGCUGAGCGAAAAAAACACACACACAACAAACCCCAAACCCACCAACCUGAGAGACUGGGAUCCUGCCUGGAGCUUGAAAGGGGGAUAUUAACAGGAUGAAUUUGGAAAGAGAUUCAGAAACCACUUUUGAUGAGGAUUCCUCCCAACCUAAUGAUGAAGAGGUGCCGUAUAGUGAUGAUGAGACAGAGGAUGAAUUGGACAUCGAGCCGUCUGUUGAGCCAGAGCAAAACCGCAUUAACAGAGAGGUAGAAGCAAAGCAGGAGACACUUCGAAAAGAUUAUAGUUGGCAGGUAAAGGCAAAUGACAGAGCCUUCUACGAGCAGCCCCAAUUUAUGAAAAAAAGAUAUUUCUGCCUUACAAAAAGUAAAUAUUCAGGGAAUGCAAUUAGAACUUACAAAUAUAAUCCCAUCACCUUCUUGCCAUUGAAUUUAUUUGAACAAUUUAAAAGGGCAGCCAACUUUUAUUUCCUGAUUCUACUUAUUUUACAGUCCAUUCCUCAGAUAACGACCCUAUCGUGGUACACAACCCUGAUCCCUUUACUCGUAGUUCUGGGCAUCACUGCAAUUAAAGACCUAGUGGAUGAUGUUACUCGGCAUCAGAUGGACAAUGAAAUUAACAACCGAACAUGUGAUGUUAUCAUGGAGGGCAGGUUCAAAGAAACAAAGUGGAAAGACAUUAAUGUUGGUGAUGUUAUUCGUCUGAGGAAAAAUGCCUUUGUUCCCGCUGAUAUUCUGCUGUUGUCCAGCUCAGAACCUAACAGCCUUUGUCAUGUAGAAACAGCUGAAUUAGAUGGUGAAACCAACUUGAAGUUCAAAAUGUCACUGGAGGUAACAGACAGAUUUCUUCAAGAAGAAAGUUCAUUGGCUGCCUUUGAUGGCUUGGUGGAAUGUGAAGAACCCAACAAUCGGUUGGAUAAAUUCACAGGAACUUUGAUCUGGAACGGAAGGGGCUAUCCUUUGGAUGCUGACAAAAUCUUGUUACGUGGCUGUAAAAUUCGGAACACAGACGUGUGUCAUGGGCUUGUCAUAUUUGCAGGAGCAGACACAAAAAUUAUGAAAAACAGUGGAAGAACACGAUUUAAAAGGACUAAAAUUGACUCCCUUAUGAAUUACAUGGUUUAUACGAUCUUCAUUUUGCUUAUCUUGGUCUCUGCUGGCCUGGCUAUUGGACACACUUACUGGGAGCAGCAGAUUGGCAACUAUUCUUGGUACCUCUACACUGGAAAAGAUGAAACACCUUCAUACAGUGGCUUCUUGAACUUCUGGGGCUACAUCAUUGUUCUUAACACUAUGGUUCCCAUAUCCCUCUACGUGAGUGUUGAAGUGAUCCGUUUGGGCCAAAGCUACUUUAUCAACUGGGACUUGCAAAUGUAUUAUCCAGAGAAGGAUACGGCCGCUAAAGCCAGAACCACCACUUUGAAUGAGCAGCUUGGGCAAAUCCAUUACAUCUUCUCAGACAAGACUGGUACACUGACGCAGAACAUUAUGACAUUCAAAAAAUGUUGCAUAAAUGGUCAAACCUACGGAGAGAACAGAGAUAAAAUGGGCCAAGAGCAGUAUCAUCCCAAGCAAGUUGAUUUCAGCUGGAACAUGUACGCCGAUGGGAAACUCCUGUUUUACGAUAAUUAUCUGAUUGAGAAGAUUAGGUCUGGGAAAGAACCCGAAAUUCGACAGUUCUUCUUCCUACUUGCAAUUUGCCACACAGUGAUGGUGGAUGCAACUGAUGGUGAGCUCAACUAUCAAGCAGCCUCCCCUGACGAAGGAGCACUGGUGACUGCUGCCAGAAACUUUGGUUUUGUCUUUCUCUCACGGACACAAAAUACUAUUACGAUAAGUGAAAUGGGAACUGUAAAAACAUAUGAAGUUCUAGCCAUUUUGGACUUCAACAGUGACAGAAAACGGAUGUCAGUUAUCACAAGAGAACCAGAUGGAGCCAUCAAGCUUUAUUGUAAAGGGGCUGAUACAGUGAUUUAUGAGCGGCUGCAGCCACACGAUCCUAAAAGGCAGGCAACAGAGGAGGCACUGGAUAUCUUUGCAAAUGAAACCCUUAGGACGUUGUGCCUUUGCUACAAGGACAUCAGCAACCAGGAGUAUGAAGCAUGGAACAGAAAAUUCAUGGCUGCUAGUGUAGCAACAAGAAACCGUGACGAAGCUCUAGACAAAGUGUACGAAGAAAUUGAACAAAAUCUAAUUCUUAUAGGUGCCACGGCCAUUGAAGACAAGCUUCAAGACGGUGUUCCAGAAACAAUAUCAAAACUGGCAAAGGCAGAUAUUAAGAUUUGGGUGCUGACAGGUGACAAAAAAGAAACUGCUGAAAAUAUUGGGUUUUCUUGUGAGCUCUUGACAGAUGAAACUACUAUUUGCUAUGGAGAAGACAUCAGUGCUCUUCUGCAAACAAGAAUGGAAAACCAGAAGAACGUAAGUGGCCCAAAUGCCCAAAGAAUGAAUGAACCAUUUUUUGAACCGGGUAGAAACCGUGCCCUAAUUAUUACAGGCUCAUGGCUGAAUGAAAUUCUCUUGGAGAAGAAAAAGAAGAAAAAGAAACUCCUAAGACUGAAGUUUCCAAAAACGAUGGAAGAGAAACAAAAGCAGAUGGAAAGUAAAAGAAGAGCGGAUCUGAACAAGGAGCAACAGCAACGGAACUUUGUUGACUUGGCCUGCGAGUGCAGCUCAGUGAUUUGCUGCCGUGUAACACCCAAGCAAAAAGCCAUGGUGGUUGAGCUGGUAAAGAAAUACAAGAAAGCCAUAACCUUGGCUAUUGGAGAUGGUGCUAACGAUGUCAAUAUGAUUAAAACUGCCCAUAUUGGUGUUGGAAUAAGUGGACAGGAAGGCAUGCAAGCAGUCAUGUCCAGUGACUAUUCCUUUGGCCAAUUUAGAUACCUCCAAAGACUGUUGCUCGUUCAUGGCCGAUGGUCAUACAUAAGAAUGUGCAAGUUUCUUCGCUACUUCUUCUACAAAAACUUUGCUUUCACUUUAGUACAUUUUUGGUACUCCUUCUUCAAUGGCUAUUCUGCUCAGACAGCUUACGAAGACUGGUUUAUCACUCUCUACAAUGUGCUGUACUCCAGCCUUCCUGUUCUUCUGGUUGGAUUGCUUGACCAGGAUGUGAGUGACAAACUGAGUAUACGGUUUCCUACCUUGUACGUAUUGGGACAGAGAGACUUGCUGUUUAAUUACAAGAAGUUCUUCAUCAGCCUCUUCCAUGGUGUUUUAUCAUCGCUGAUCAUUUUCUUCAUACCUUAUGGUGCUUAUCUACAAACCAUGGGACAAGAUGGAGAGGCCCCAUCUGACUACCAGUCGUUCGCUGUCACAACAGCCUCUUCUCUCAUAAUUGCAGUCAAUUUUCAGAUGGGUCUGGACACAUCUUACUGGACGUUUGUUAAUGCUUUCUCAAUAUUUGGGAGUAUAGCACUUUAUUUUGGUAUUAUGUUUGAUCUGCACAGUUCUGGGAUACAUGUCCUUUUUCCUUCCGCCUUCCAAUUCACAGGUACUGCUUCAAAUGCUCUCCGGCAGCCGUAUAUUUGGUUGACAAUAAUAUUAUCGGUUGCAGUUUGCUUGCUCCCUGUGGUUGCACUCCGUUUCUUAACUAUGACUAUUUGGCCUACAGAAAGUGAUAAGAUUCAGAAAAAUCGCAAGAAGUACAAGGCUGAAGAGGAGAAAUGGAAGCGAAGACCUAGUGUCUUCCGGCGCGGAGUAUCAGGCCGUCGCUCUGCAUAUGCCUUCUCACACCAGCGAGGUUAUGCUGAUCUCAUUGCUUCUGGGAGAAUCAUUCGUAGAAGACGAGCUUCAUUAACUGCAGUACUUAAUAACAAUUUGACAGAAAUCAGGCAAGCUGAAGAAGCCAGCUGAUAACGCCCUGUGUCCUAAAAGAAGGAGGAUUUUUUUUGAAAAAAAAAAAUCAAUUGCACAUUUUUUAUUAUUUUUUUUUACAGAAGACUCAGGAUUCUUUAAAAAGAGAAAACAAAAUUAUGCAAGACAAUAUACUGAUUUUUCAUGCCGCUCAGUUUGGGAAGAUUCAACUAAAGAACUGAGUGUUGUUAUUUUUUAAACUAGGUCUUUGCCUAAAGAUUGUGAAACGGAAGGAUAAAAGUAAUCCAUAGACUUAAAGCCCCAAAAUGUGAAGGGCAAUUUAUAAUGAAAAGGUACUUGGGACUUUAAAUCAUUUUUUUUAUUUGUCAUGAACCAAAGUUUCAUGACACAACACCAAAGAGAGGAACAGCUGAUAAGCAGAAGAAUUCUGUGUGCCACUUUGUUCCAUUAAUUUAUUCAAAUAUAAUGCUGGUUUAUAAGUAACCAAAGAUUUUUUUUUAUUUUGUUUUUUCCAAGUUAACUGUACAAUUUUACUUAGUAAGUCUCUGGGAUCUAAAUCAUCGGACCUAAGUUAAUAUAGUUAUGCUAACUCCAGCAAGCUUUCAUAAUUUUCAGGGACAGGAAAUUUAUCAAAUUAUUUUCAAAGUUCUUAAAUCAGAUUAACCUCUAUUAAAGGAAGGGUUUGGUUGAUGAUCCCUGGACCUUGAAAGGCGGCACCCACUCCUAUGAACUCCACCCUUUCAGCAUUAUUGCCCUCUAGGGCCCCAAAAUUAUUUGAAAUGUGGGAGCAUGGACAUCGUUAAAAACACAGCAAAACCCUCCUUCCUAGAGAAGUCCUAGAACAUAGAAAGGGACUUUUUAAAUAUACCAGUUCCCCCACCCCCCCAGUUUUGUGUGUGUGUGUGUGUGUGUGUGUCUGUGUCUGUGUGUGUGAAUGGGAAACGGGUAGAGUGCUGGAGACUCCAGACAACUCAUGACUGUCUAGAUGUCCACCUCUGUUCUAAAGAGAUCACAUUCUGCCCAAGGAGCACAGCUAGUUUGCCAUAUGAACUAAGUUUGGGCAUUCUUGCCCCACUGAAAUUUGUGCAUGACUUCGUGCCUCUUGGCCGCCCUCACCCUUUGCCUUCUAUUUUGUACUACAACCUUCCUGUGCCUUUUGCAUCUGCUUGAGAGAGAGAAAAAAAGGAAAGCAGUGUGAUAUGACUGAAUUGUUUGUUUUUGUCAUACUUUCUUGAAGAUAACCCUGGUUGAUUUCUACUUGCUUAAUCUUAAUUGAGGUAGUUGAGAUAAUAUAUUGAGGCAUAUCUUGAUUGAGGCACAGUGAACUCACUGGAGGAAGGGUAUAAAUAUUAAUAUAAGUGCAUCUAAUAAAUAAAUUGGUAGCAACUUAAUUGCUGUCUUGCUAUGAAGGUGAUUCUCAUGUGGCUUUUUCCUUACAUGAUAAUUAUUUUCAAGCAGCAGCAGUACUUGAAUAAGAUUAUGCUUGAAAAACACUCCUUUUGGCCUGAAUCCUGUUGGUGAUUUACAUGUGAAUGACAUUGCAGCCAAUCACCACAAGGAAAGAGGUGCUAGUUGCUUUGUGAGACACAUGCCUUGUAAUGUGAUCAACCCCUCAUUAGUUGGUUGCAGUUUGGUGGUUAAUUGUGCAAUUUAACUUAUGCACACACACAUCACCAACAGGAUGUUGGUCCUACAACAUAUAAGUAGGGCCAAAAAAGGUUUGCAUGGAUUUUUCACAUGUAAUGAUUGUGUAUGGACAACUGACAUGCAUGAGGUCCGUGUGGGAACUAUGACCUGUUGAAUUACUAGUCCCAAUAAACGUAGUACUAUUGAACUAGUUGCUGAAUGGUAAGUCAACAUUUAUAUGACUCCCAUUGAUUGAAUGAAUCUACUCUAGUUGAGGCUACCAAUUGGAUUCAGGAUUAUGUCCUAAGUGAAACACACCAAACUAGUCAACACAUUUUGUUCACUGGGUGAUGAGUCAAAGCACUAAUCAGAGUGAGAGAAUAUUUCACAGUUAAGGUGAACCAAUUUCACUAUGUUUUAAUAGUAAAACACAUUUGUUGGGUUUUAAAAAUAUGUGUAGGCAUAUUCAGUUUAAUUUGUACAUGUGUGUAGUGACAUAUAAAUGGUUUACAUUUCAAAUUUUUUAGCAUACAUCAGUUUAUUUUGCUGAAUAACCUAAGUCUUCACUUUUUGGAAAGCGGGAGGGAUAAGCAAUGUGACCAAGUCUGCACAUUUACAUUCUGUUAAAAGCACCGUUCGGACAUUUCUUUAUUUUUAUUAUUAUUAUUUAAUGUGGAAAAGUUUACAGCUUUUCUUUUCAGCAAGUGCUAGGAGAUAAUGUUUAGCUUCAGAGAUUGAUUUCUCUUAUGAAAGCUGUGGAAGUCAUUGGUUUUAUGUUUCAUGCAUCUAAUCCAGAUGCAAUAUUGGCAAUUUAAAUAUGGUGAUUGAAAUGAAUGCUUCAUACAUUUGUAUUGGAAACAAAGUGUAAAUAUUUUAUUUGUUUAAAAGUGGUGUUGUAUAUAAUGACUGUGCUGUAAUUUUUAAAAUUAUUGACUAA